AGCGUUUGGUUCGGAAAUUUAUUGACCGCCCCUAAGACAAGCAUCGUGUGUGGAAGGAGGGAGCAGGCAGAGACCUGCUGCCCGUAAUCACCCCGGAGCGUCCUGUGGGGUUAAGUGUUGUAGGACAAUGGGUGACUUGGAAGAAAUCAUCCAACACUUUCAGGAUAAACUCUCAUCCUUACAACGCAUGCUGGAUCUGUCAGCUACUGACUUACCAAAGCAGAAGAUAAAGAAACUGGGACAAGAAAUAUUGGAGCUUGAUAGGAUUCUGGAGGAGUUUGAAAAAUGUGUUGAUCAUCAGAAAGAGCAUCUAAAGCAGCUGAAGGAACUUGAGAAGUUAUUUCAAAAUGAUCUGGAGACUGUUCAGCACAUGAAGGACAACAUUGCUGCACACAUUCCUAGGAAGAAAUGUGCAGUCAAGGAAGACAGACCAGCAUUGAACCAGAAUACAGCAGCAGAUGUUCAGCCAACCCAGGCAGAAAAUGUUAAAAAGACCAGCAGGAGCUUUGUCAAAGAGAUGGAGUGUAUCACUUUACAAGAAUAUGAGAGCAUCCCUCAGUACAUGAAAGGACGUGUAUCAUAUGAGCAGCUCAAUGCUGUGGUGGAAGGCAUUAACACUGCUGUAAAAGCCAAGUACAGGAUCCUCACUCAGCCAGUGAAGGCUCUUAAUAAUCAUGCACGCAAGUUACAGCAGCGCUUCAAGGACCAGGAAACCAAAGAUACAAAAGGACAGUUUUUUGUAGUGGAGGAUGACAUCCGUGAAUUCACCCAGAUGAAAGUGGACAAACGCUUUCAGGGGAUCCUGAACAUGCUUCGACACUCUCAGCGCCUUCGCGAGAUCAGAGGUGGUGGAUUCGUCCGCUAUAUGCUGAUGUGAAAAAAGAUUGGUUCGGCCCUACCUGACUUAAACACCGUGACGAUACUGGCUUGGAGUUGUAGUUUUGUAUGACAGUGCCAGGCAACUGACUGUACAUUUAGUAGACUGUUGGGUCUGUUGAACCACAGUGUAGCUGUCAUUAUUUGUCAGACGACUUAUAUUAAUAAUACCAACCUUGUCCUGUUUAUUUUUGACUGAAUUUUACCUAACAUGUUAAUAAAUUGGAGCAGUUUUAUACUGACUCAUCCAUUAAAUACAAAUAAAGCUUUGUCCGAGCUACUGCA